AUGCUUGCUUAUGGUUCUUCUUGGCAGAAGAAGCUUUCAAAGCCUGUUAUGACUCCCUUUCAGAGUUUCUUUCAGUCAGAGGCAACUCUUGUUCCUCUAAACUACUAUGCUGCUCUUCAAUUCUCAUGUUUAAAGAUAUUUGAGAGGCUUGCAAAAUUAGAAAUAGUGUGGAGAAAAGGCGCGCUUAAAACUAAGCUAUUUGGUAUUGAAGUGGAACAAAAUUCAUUCGUUCACUCACAUUUUGAAACUCAAACUUGGAAAGAACAUUUCUUCAAACAGUUGCAAACAAUGUCUCCUCCAAGACCUGAAUCCGAAGCUGAAUUGAAGAAAAUUGAGAAGAACGAAAGAAGAAGGAAAAGCUACAAAGCUAAAAGGGAAGCUAGUUCCUAUCAGAAGAUCAAAGAUGAAAUUCCUGAAAUCCCUGGAUGGUUGAUGUCUAAUCAACUUGGUAAACAACUUGAGGCAAGUGAUAAAUUCACUAUGCUUGUAGAAAAAGGAGAAAUCUCUGUCAUUGAUGAGGUAAUUAACCAAGGUGGUGUGCCUGUCUUGGUUGAAUUUUUGGCAACUGGCGAUACCGCUGAACUGCGACUUAUAGCCGCACAGAGUCUCGCUAACAUCGCCCGUGGGAACCUAGUGCAAACACAGGUUAUAAUUGAUCAAAAUGGCAUUCCCCCACUUGUGUAUAGGCUUGGGACUGGAAAUGAUGAAAUCAGAGAAAUGGCAAUAUGUGCGUUAAGCAAUAUUUCCUAUCAUUCUACCCACACAAGGGAGGCUGUUAUUGACAGUGGUGCAUUCUUGGAAUUAUGGAAGUUGUUGAAGCAACCAUUUGAGCCACGAUUAACUAUACUAACAAAAGCUUCACUCGCCUUAGCAAAUUUCUGCCGUGGAGAACCUCCUAAUAAAACUGUUUUCAAUCAGAUACGGCAAAACAUGCCUGUAUUAAAGCAACUCCUGUUGAUGACAGAUAAACAAGUUGCCACAAACGCUUGUACAACAUUUUCAUUAAUUGCUAGCAAAGCAGAUAUGAUCCAAGCUGUGGAUGAAGCACAAAUUUGUGCAAGAAUGAUUGAAUUAAUCAAAAAACCUAUGCCAGAAUGUUUUGAGCCAGCUUUGCUAACUUUAGCAGAGAUUGCUGCUCAGAAUCAUGUUUCUGCUCAGAGAAUAAUUGGAGAAGAUCUCCAAUGGCUUCAAUCAUUUUUUACGGAUCAAAAUAAUAUAAAGAUAGUUACACAAGCCUUGAGGCUAAUAUCAAAUCUCACUUGGACUGUAUUUCAAAUCCAGGUAUAA